CAAACGAUCAGAUGAAACUGUAUCAGAAAAUUAUCGACUCCGUCAAUGGCUGGAUACCGCGUCAUCUCGCAACUGGAAAUGUUGUUUGCGGGGCACAAAAAAAAACUCGGAGAUGAAUAUGUAUAUGAAUAUUUCCAACGAACACCUCGUCACACACACCCUCUCCAAUUAUCAAACCCUUGUGUUCGGAAUUGAAUUCCUCAGAUUUCGAAUAUCCACAAUAUAACCACGAGGAUCGAAGUUAUAUAGUCUCGUAAAUGACUGAAACGGACUCCCGAUUGCUUAGAGAUUUUUUUGCCCUCAGCCAACCCCUUCGGGGCUGAAGAGUUCGACGGAGUAGACCCAACAAAGACACGCCACUUUUGUAACAAUGGUAUUGUUUGCAGCACGCCCUCUCUGGAGGUGGGCAAUACUUCCGGUUCCAGAUUUCAAGGAUUGUCUGGGUGGAUGACGGUCAAAGAAAACUGGUCAGUACCUCGUGACGAAUCGAAAUCUUUUGAGAAACACCCGAUCAUCUAUUGAUCCCAAAAACGGAUGAAGCCGUUGCAGUAUCGGAGAGUUUCAAAGUCAAGAAAUACCGUUCCACUGUUUUCCAGUGUUUCUAUUUCCGGUCAAGAUUGAGAUCUUCCCUAAGGAUUCGUUGCGCCGUCGUACAGGAAUUUCACGUUAUUUCUCCAGCUUUGUUACUCGUCACAAAAGCUUUUUAAUCAUAACGCGACUCGGCGCAGCCUCGAUCGACACAUGAGAUUCUUGAAAUUCACCGAUAUAAUUAUACACACGUAUCGCACGGGUGUCCGUCCGGCUACUCGCUAUUCCCUCGCUUCGGGAUAGGGGGUGUUAACAGAGCGGAUGAUUCGUACUGGACAGGGAGAACCCAGACGAGCGUUUAGCAAGGCCAAAUCACUUUUAGUACAAGUUUUUCUCCUCCGGGCUAUUAUGAAUAAUGGUUGAUAUUAUUGUCUCUGUGGUCCAGCCGCUACCGCUGACCCCCUCGGCACCUCGCGGUGCGACUAGAAAGAAGGAGUUAAUAACGGUCGCGUGUUGAAAUGCCGACCAUUAUACAGAAACGUGUAGAUAUUAUGUGUCGGCUAACAAGCUCCUGACUAAUGACUCGCGCGUGACGCGGUAUGACGAAUUCACCGGGAUACGCUCUCAACUCCCGGUAUAUUUCUCAUCCCGCGGGAUAGGCGAAAAAAAAAAAAAGCCGUACACAAAUUCAAUAACUUUCGGAAGAUGCAACGCGCGUGUAAAAAUGUUCGGCGAAAAUUUUCCGAAGAGAAGUAUACAGCGACGAUUUGCCGACUCGACAGCUGUUUAGAGGAUCGUGAGGACAAGGGGAUUCGAAAUGGCUGGAGCUAUUAUAACCAUCCGCGCUAUCGAGAGAAACCGGCUCUGGAAGAACUGGGUCUCUUUCGUCGCGAUAAUUGUGUAAUUUUGACCGCUCGUCUGUUUCUGCUGCUGUUGACCUCCCGCGGGACCAUACGGAAUGACGCGACGAAGGCAAGAGGAUCGAAGGGGGGAAAAAAUGAGCGAAGCGCGGCGCGCGAACACGUCUCAAUCGUCUUCGACUCGCGUCUUAGAAUUUCGAAAGAGGCGUCAGACUUUUAAUUCACUAACGCCUUCUAGAUCUACGACUUCUUGAGUUAAGGGCAUGAUUCGCGGACAUUGAUCCCGAAAGACAUGGAAUUCGACCGGUCGGCCGUAAAGCGAGCAACCACCGAACGAAAUACUGAAAUGCCUCCGGACUUGAGGAGUUUAUCCGCCGUUCGAACUGGACAUUCGUACGAUAUCCCAGGCUUCCCUUCCUCCCCGCGAUCACCGUCAACCUCGCGGACUCCGGGGAUAUGAUCUGCGGAUCGACGUCGUGUGGGUCCGAGCGUGCCGGACAUAGCACCGCGUCCCCGCAACUUUGUUUUGUCACGACGCGACCCAAGUUUUUCCCAUCGUUCUCUGGCGGCAAAUCCUACGGCCGGGCCUUGGCGCAUUACGCGCAAUUAGACGCCAGGGUGGCCCCGAGGUAUGCCCGACAAACGGCACCCCGCCCGCCCGCCCUCCCCUUCCACUCGCCGUGCUCCCUGCCGUUUCUUCUUCCUCCUUCCACCCUCCGCCGGGGCUCUAAAAAAACUCCCGUUUCGCGAGCGAGCGAACGAGCGAGCGACUUAUAUUCCUCGGCGGAGUUGGUCGUGGCUGGUGUAAGUAUCGCCGCUGCCCUCUUCGACGCGGCCCCCCCGGCUCUCGUCGUUUUUCUUAUACAGGUAUAUUUCUCUACCCUCUUGCGGGACGACGCGCGGACGAAACGGAAAAGGGGACAACAUUGUAUCGAUGCGUGUAUCUGCACCGUGUACCUCGGCUCCGAGCAGCGGCGGCAUUGCGGCAGCAACAUCGACAAUUAUCGUUAUUGUUAUUGUUAUUUACCGGACAUAGAUACUUGCGGGUAGAAGGCAACCUCGCUGGUUGUAUACGUUCAUGCAACGAGCUACGUGUGCGGUCUUGACUCACUUCAAAUGGCUGCUGCUGCCACUUCGCUCAAGGCUCACGGCGAUCGCUACCACCGUAGAGUAUCCUGCUCUCAAAGAAAUCGGCGAUGAUCCGAUCGUUGGUUGUGCGGCAUAGCAACCGGCCGCUUCGCAUCAGGAGGAAAGGCAAACUCGGUUUUCGAAGGACUGCGCGGCGGUACGGAGCUGCUUGCGUUGCAGAAGAAGCCGAUGGCACCGUUUACUGCUACAGGAUACGCGCAGCGACGAGUCGAGCACAAUACUCAGCUGCUACUUCUGCUGAUGGUGCAGCUCGACGUAAUUACUGCCGGCGUAAUUAAUUUAGUUGGAGUCGGCGUUCGUUUAACCGAGUUCUUCUUAUCUCGAUAUGGACGACUACAUGGACGACUGCACGGAGGAUUCUUUCGGCUCGGUGGACGAGGUCAAUCGGACCAGAAGGACGAGGAGACAACGGAAGAAGAAAUCUUCGUCGGGUCUGACGGGGCUCUUUCGGAAAGCGUGGCGUAGGAUUAAAGCGGGAAACGGCGAACUGAGCCCGGACGAAUCGUUCGAAGAUGAAAAUCAACCGCCACAUCACUCGGAAUACGAGGAGGAACAGACGCCCAGGUACCGCCCGGAUUCCCUCGCGAGUCUUUGCCGGGCUACCCGCUUCACGGAAGCUGAGUUGAAGCGCAUCUAUCGGGGUUUCAAGGCGGAGUGUCCCACGGGAGUCGUCCGCGAGGACACCUUCAAGUGCAUCUACUCCCAGUUCUUUCCUCAGGGCGCAAACACGAGCCAGUACGCCCACUACGUGUUCAACACCCUGGACCAAGAUCACAGCGGCUUACUCAGUUUCGAAGAUUUUGUCACCGGUCUCAGCAUACUCUCGAGAGGUUCGAUGGACGAGAAAUUGCGCUGGACGUUCUCCCUUUACGACAUCAAUGGAGACGGCUGCAUCACUCGGGACGAGAUGACGGACAUCGUCACCGCGGUCUACGAUCUGAUGGGAAAGUUUUCCGAUCCAAAUCUCGACCCGGAGGGAGUCAGGGACAGGGUUGACCGGAUGUUUCAGAAGAUGGAUGGCAACAGGGACGGUGUGGUGACCUUGAACGAAUUUUUGGAGGCUUGUCGGGGUGAUCCGGACAUUUCAGCGAGCAUGGCCGCCCUGGAUACGGCCUUCUGACACUCGGCGCGACCCCGAUACACCCCAUGGACCUGAACGUCGUUUUAUUGGCGACAAUCGUGAAUGAUCGACCUCGAUAAUUGUGCCUCGGCAUAUGAAUGGACGAGAGCAAUACGCGGCGACGCAGCGACGUUGUCUCUACCGGCAUACGGAGAAGGAAAAACGAAAAGGAGAAGUAGGAAAAAAACUUGACAAAAUCGAAAAAAAAACAAAAAAAAACAGCAAAACAAAUGGUUCUAACACCCGUACUGCGAAUGCGAUGUUACGACGACGGGUCAGCUGCAGACGCACAACGAUAUUGGUUGACAGCGUUGUGCAAUACUACCUUUUAUAUAAAACACAACGUACGUCCGUGCGAAUUGAUCAUCCCCGGGCUUAAUAACUCGGGGAUCCCCCGCUGCUUUCAUCCCCCGACGCGAGAGUGAUCGAAUUAUACCCUGCCGAAGUUUAGAUUCGUUUCAAUGCGAAACAAAGCGAUGCGCUGCACGAACAAUUCGCGGAUUCGUUCAACCCUGGAGAGGAAAUUAUUCGACGUACGGUUCCGGUUAUUCCGCGCUUGAUCCUCUUUCAACAAAUCCACAGUUAUGAAAUUAUAACGAUGUACGUGACGGAAGUGAAUCAGCGAAGAAAAAGGAGCGCCGAUACACAAACCAAAAUGUUUUUCAAUUCGCACCGAAUUAACCGAAGAUUGCCGCAGCAGCAGCAGCAGCAGCAGCAGGUCUAUAAACGUAAAUGUGUAGGUAUAAUGUAAUUAUGUAAUGUAUAGAACGUGAAUGGUUGGGCUUCCGGAAAAUGUCCUGGAUGGCUCACGAUCCAGGAAACAACAAAAAAAAAAAAGCGGGUUUUGUGAUUAUGCGAUAAUGGUGUUUGAAAAUUAAUUAACAACGGUGCCAAAUGUUUCACGUAAAUCAUAUUAUGAUUAAACAAUUAAUAAUGAAUGCGCAAAAAAAAUUCGAACAAACAACCCGAUUGUAGUGUGUAUAGAUGAUUACAUGGCGAUGCAACAGCGCCAGGUACGUACAGUUGAUGGGAAAAUGACUACACCGGAUGAAUGGUAUUCAUUAUAUAAAUUAGUCUACCGUGUUCAGGUACAGCUGGAUUAAUUAAAACUCGCGCGAGCCCCGACUACCGGCGAACUCGCGGAUGUGAUUUAUUAUUUUACUUUUGAGACAUAUGUUGAUCAUUCGUAUAAAAGCGUUCUAAUUCACACACAUGCAGGUACAACACGGUAAACGAUCGCUAUUGAAUUCACUCGAAUUUCUCCUUUUUUCUUUUUUUUAUUUAUCGAACAAACUUGUUUGACUACCACGAGCGUUUAUCAAAUACCAGCUGACAGACAAUGAAAUAACGGAAAAUACCGAGGGUAGAAUCAAGGUAGGCGAGAAAGCGAGUGCAUCGAAUAAUCGGGUUAAUAAUCAUGCAUUUGUAUCUUCCUUCAAUUCAUCCCCUGGAAUCGUCGGUAGAAAUUCUGAAAAUCCCCAUAUAUACGGUCGGAAUUGACAUGCGAAUCCCCGGGGCUGGAGCUUCGGAGCAAACACUCGGCACACCCCGAAAUACACGAUUAUCCAAGUUUAUACGACAACCCCGCGGUGAGAGGCUACUCGAAUAAUUGGCCUCGCGUUUCGUUCGUUCGUUUUUGUUGUUUUCGAAUUUUUUGUCGAUAAAAGUAAAUCGUAGAGGUAAAUGUAUUUUGGCUGGAAGAAACAA